AUGACAUCAUAUUUUGAUGAACACAAUUGUCAACCAUUAGAAUCAGGAGAAGAACCAAAUCAUCUAUUGGAUUUAGAUAGCGGAAUUAGUGCAGAAUUUCAAUUAAAAUUUGAACGUAUAUUUGGUCAUGUUGAUGGUCGAAAACAACCACCAGCAGCUAAACAUAUCAUUGGAUAUUAUAUGAUAACUGCUGGAAUUCUUCCUUCAUUAUUAAUAAUAAUAUUUAGUCUAUUAGUUAUGAGAAGUUUAAAACAAACACGAGAUCGUGUUCAACCAAAACGAGAAGAUCAAGAAAAUAAACAAUCAAUUAAUAUAUUUCAAAAACGUGAUAGAGAUUAA